AUCGUUCAGCGGAAGUAGUACACAUUGUGAAAACAAAAUGGCAGAAGCUGCUGUAGAGAGUCCUCCUUGUUCCAGUCGAUUCUACUGUCAUCAAUGUUCUACAGAAAUUACACCUAAUCUUCCUGAUUACACUUGUCCAACAUGCAACAGUGGAUUUAUAGAAGAAGUCACUGUGUCAAAUACUGUUAGUGGUUCUGGGUCUAAUGCGUCUUUGGGUCGAAACUCCCAGGACCCUGCAUCACGGUUUGAGGAGCUUUGGACUCAGACAUUGCUAGGCCCAGCAUUUGUCAUGGAAUCACAAAGCCUUUCAAACGCUGGACGAAGGAAUGGACAGGGACAGAAUUUGUCAGAGGGGCAACCUGGACCAUCUGGCACGCAGCCGACUGUGAGACUGGUCAGACCUGCUCGCAAUCCCUACUUGGAAGGUCUUAUCAGCUAUUUCCUGAGCAGACUCGGAGAUCAAGCAGUUCAGGGAAUUCCAAUAAACAUGUUCCAACUUCAUGGCAACCCUGCUGACUAUGCCUGGGGAGCAGGAGGCCUGGACACCAUCAUCACACAGCUACUGAAUCAGCUGGAAUCCUCAGGUCCGCCACCAGCAGAGCCAGAAAAGAUCAAUGGUCUCCCCACAGUUAAAAUAUCAGAGAGUCAAGUUGAACAUAUUUUACAGUGUUCUAUAUGUAUGGAGGAUUUUCACCUGGAUGAAGAGGUGAAGCGCUUGCCUUGUGAUCAUCACUAUCAUGAAGAAUGCAUUAUUCGUUGGCUAGAACUGCAUGGUACAUGUCCAGUGUGUCGUAAGGACCUGAAUGGGCAGGACACCUCCACCAAAGAUGAAGCCCUCAUGCCACCUCUCGACAGCAAUACUGCUUCUCCGCCAGACUUCGCUCCAUCCUCUGCCAGUAACACAUCCAUGGACUCCAGCCCUAGCCUUGACUGAAAACUGUGAUUCAAAUGGAAUGAUUGUGUGAUGAUGAUUCUAUGAUUGGUGCAGUCUGUAUAACUGUGUGCAGAUGUGUGAAUGCUAGGAAAAAAUAAGUGCUUUAGUUAUUUGCCUCCCCCUCCCAGAGAAAAAAUAUGGUCCAUAGGCUUUGAUGUCAUGAUGGCAAGUGACCCUGGAUAGUGUUCCUCAAAUCAUAACAAAGGGUUUCUUUUUUUAGCAUUCAGUUUCCUUCUGUGUUUUUUGUUCAUUCCAUAGAAUCCUAAGGGAACAGCUUGCAGAGCUGUACAGCACCAAACAGUAGAGUUGACUUGAAUAUGUGCAUCAGUAUGAGAAAGGAUCGUAGGACUAGUAUUGACAAUAAUAGCAAUAUAUAUAUAUAUUGAUACUUCAUUCUUGAUAAAGGGGAGUUGGUUUUAAAAUUUUAUGAGAUUAAAAUAACAAAAUGAUUUAGGGAAAGAUGUUUAAAUUUUAUAAUGGCUGUCACCGAAAAUGCAGUGAAGUCAGCAGUACACUCAUCAAAUAUGCAGCAAGGAAGAAGUGGCAUAUUUUGUGAAAAACAGAGUUGUGACCAUUUCAGAUACGUGGAUUCGGCCUAGUGAUAGCUUUCUGUAAGGCUGCCUGUCAUCCUUAAUUAACCCCAUUGAACUUCAGUUAGUUUUCCUUGCUGCUGUUAUAUUGUAUACAUUGUAAAUCAAUUACUGUUGUCAUUUAUGUGACUGUCAAUAAACUUGAUACUAUAUUC